AUGUCCACACCAACGAAAGUACUUGUCGUGGGGCCGACGGGGAGGACUGGAGGCUCUGUGCUUGACGGCCUCUUGGAUUCGUCGACAAACUUCGAGAUUACAACGCUGGUCAGGCAGGCUUCGGUGGACAAACCCGAAGUGAAAAAAUUCAAGGACCGUGGUGUGACAGUAGUGGUCGGAGACCUGAGAGGGCCCAAACAAGACCUCGUCAAGAUUUUGAGUGGCAUAGAUGUUGUCGUAUCCUGCAUAGUUGCAUUUGAUCUCGGCGCCGAGAUUCUAUUAGCGGAAGCAGCCAAAGAAGCCGGUGUGAAACGUUUCGUGCCAAGCUCCUUCCAGACCCCGGGACCCAGAGGCGUCAUGAUAUUAGCUGACCGAAAAGACGAGGUCUUGUCAGCGGUCCAGCGUCUCCAUUUGCCGUGGACUUUGAUCGACGUCGGCUGGUGGUCAAACCAAAUCGUACCCCCACUGCCUUCAGGACGCACAAAGAAGUUCGUGCUUGAGCAUUUCAGCAACAUCCCGGGCGACGGAACGGUUCGAAAUGGGUUCACGGACCUUCGUGACGUAGGAAAAUACGUUGCAAAGAUCAUCGUGGAUCCAAGGACGCUCAAUAAGAAGGUCUAUGCAUACACUGAAGUAUCCACCAUGAAUCAAGUUGUCGACCUGAUGAGCGAACUCAGCGGAGAAGAGGCGAUCCGUGAUUACCUUCCGGCGGAAAAGAUCCAACAGGCGAUCACGGAAGCUCAGAAAGACUAUGAGGUGGAAGAAAAGAGACAGCAGGCAACGUUAAUUCUCUUCAUCAAUCAAUAUUGGCAAUCGUGGGGUGUUCGGGGGGACAAUACUCCCGAGGCUGCCGAAAUCUUUGGCUACUUGGAUUUCAAGAAGCUGUACCCCGAUGUUAAGGGGAAGACUAUCAAGGAGUUGUUCCAAGGAAUUUUGGAUGGCUCAGAGACGCCUAUUAAGCCGUUUCAACUAUAA